AAGACGAAGGAAAACUUUCUUUGUAAUCCAGUUUCGCCACGUGUAAUAUAACCGGGACAGGCCCGUAUGCCCUACCUGCUAUUCCCGGUCAAGAAAUCAACCAGGCCCAAAAUCUGAUCCAGGUUCAUUCACCACGUCUUCGUCUGCCACCAGUUACCAAAGGGGACCCUUUUAACGAUCACCUUCGGCCCUUUCCACAGCACAUUCCCAUUUUUCAAGGUUUUCAAUUGACAAAAAAUAUAAAAGAGAAAACACCAAAAAAUUUUAAAUAUUUUUACUAUGGAAACCUCUGUAUUUGCUUCCACGUCGAAUCAGCCAAGGCUUCGUUUUUUCCGCUGUAAUUGCUUUAAGGGCCGUUGUUUCUGUUGCUUUUACUCAUACCAUUAGAGCUGUGAGCUCUUCCCUCGAGCCCCCGAAAAAGUUUCCCCAAACACUUCAAAUUUCAAAGUUUCCCCUUUUUAAUUAGGGUUUCAAUGGAUAUAUCUCAUGCUCAAUCGGGUCUAUCUCUGGGUUUCACUAAAAAUUCCAUUGUAGACGAUUCUAUUUCGCUUCGAAUCAACACCAGCAUUCGCUGCCCAUCGAAUCCGUUCCCGCUUGUUCCCUUACAGUUCUUCGAGCAAAAAGAGGACGGUGCCCCUCCCUUCGAGAACAGCGUGCACAAAAAUCACAUCAAAGAAGAUGGAGAAAUUAGGAUUUUAGGGCAAUCUAUUGGUGGGAAAAGACAAAGGGAUCCUAAACCUGUUUCAAACCCAUGUAAACUGUUUGCUCCUGAUCCCGGUCUGGACCAAAGACGAACCGCGGUCCGGUCAUGGGGAAACCAACGGCUAGAAGACGCGGAUCCAGAAUUAAGUGAAAUCAUGAACGAGGAAAAGCAAAGGCAAUUCUUAGGAAUUGAGCUUAUUGCUUCAGAAAACUUUGUGUGCCAAGCUGUAAUGGAAGCUUUAGGAAGCCAUUUAACAAACAAAUACUCUGAAGGAAUGCCUGGAGCGAGGUACUAUACGGGCAAUUAUUUCAUUGAUAAAAUCGAAACCCUAUGUCAAGAACGUGCGUUGGCAGCUUUUAACCUUGAUUCCGAGAAAUGGGGAGUCAAUGUGCAGCCUUAUUCAUGUACUUCCGCGAAUUUUGCUGUUUAUACGGGACUUUUGUUGCCUGGUGAUCGGAUCAUGGGGUUGGAUUCGCCAUCCGGAGGGCACAUGAGUCAUGGAUGGUAUAUGCCGGGUGGGAAGAAAGUAUCUGCUGCUUCCAUAUUUUUUGAGAGUUUUCCUUACAAGGUUCAUCCUCAAACAGGGUAUAUCGAUUAUAAUAAGCUUGAGGAAAAGGCGCUUGAUUAUCGGCCCAAGAUUGUUAUUUGUGGUGGGAGUUCUUAUCCUAGGGAGUGGGAUUAUGCGAGGUUUAGACAAAUUGCGGAUAGAUGUGGAGCGGUUUUGAUGUGCGAUAUGGCUCAUAUUAGUGGUCUUGUGGCAGCUAAGGAAUGUGCUAGUCCAUUUGACUACUGUGAUAUUGUUACUUCAACAACUCACAAAAGUCUACGGGGCCCAAGGGGAGGUAUAAUCUUUUAUAAGAGGGGUGCAAAAUCAAGAACACAGGGCAUGUCUCUUGGUAAUAGUGAUUGUGGUGACCAGCAUGAUUUUGAGGAAAAGAUAAAUUUUGCUGUUUUUGCAUCAUUACAAGGGGGACCUCACAAUAAUCACAUUGCCGCUCUUGCUAUAGCCUUGAAGCAAGCGGCUACACCAGCGUACAAAGCAUAUAUGCAACAGGUGAAGAAAAAUGCUCAGGCUUUAGCUUCUGCUCUGCUGAGAAGAAAAUGCAAGUUGGUUACUGGGGGCACUGACAACCAUUUGUUGCUUUGGGAUCUCUCUACUCUAGGCUUAACAGGUAAAUGGUAUGAGAAAGUUUGUGAGAUGUGCCGCAUCACUCUGAAUAAAACUGCUAUAUUUGGUGAUAAUGGUGCUAUUUCUCCUGGGGGAGUGAGAAUUGGUACGCCUGCUAUGACAUCGAGAGGUUGUUUAGAGUCUGAUUUUGAGACAAUUGCUGACUUUCUUUAUAGAGCCGCUCAGAUCACGAGUGCUGUGCAGAGAGAUCAUGGUAAAUUGCGGAAAGAGUUUCUCAAUGGUCUUUACAAUAAUAAAGAUGUUGUUGGUCUCCGGAAUCAGGUCGUGGCAUUUGCCUGCCAGUUUGCAAUGCCAGGAUUUGAUACUUGAAAGAUUCAUAAGAUGGCCUGCAUGCAACUUGGCAUCAUUUUCUUGCUUCUCUGGCUACCUUCACCUUUUCUUGGUAAUCCAAUAAUUCUAGCCCAUCCAUGUUUUCCCAUUGAACCUGUGUAAAUUACAGAAAAAUAAAUCAACAGUUCUGGAUAUGUUUCAAAAAAUUUACAGAUAUCAAUUUGCUGAACCAGCCGUCUUUCUCUUUUGUAAUUUUGUAAGAAGUUAUAUAAAGUCAUUUAUGAUGCUUUCAGUCAGGCUAGUUCCCAUAAUUGGUCUUUUUUUUUUUUUUUCUAAUGACUGAGACCAAAGUAAGGCAGUGAAAGUGUAUAGCUCCAUAUGGCAAAAAAACUUGGCAACAAAUCCUGCCAAACUUGUAAUAUUCAGCCUACCGAAUUGGUUGACAUAGCACUGUUGAGUUGCUGCUGUUUGUUCUGGAUAAUUCAAACAAGGAAAACAACUACUUUAACUAUCCUGUUGCUUUUAAUGUCUUUUCUUUUUAAUAAUAUUUCAUACUUUUUUC